UCUCCAUCAUCUUGCUGAAGGACAAUAGUAUUGAUGUGAAAACAGUGGAAAUAAAGGCAUGUGCUGUGGGAUGGUCACCAAAAGGCAAGCAGCUGACUGUAGGCUUAACUGAUGGAUCCCUAGCCCUGUUCAAGCCUGACCUGACCCCUGUAAGGAACAUUGCAAGACCCCCAAUGGAAGAACUGGGUGCAGUUCUAAGUAUCACAUGGUUCACAAGCACUGAGUUCUUCAUUGGCUAUAAACAAGAGGCUGAGGAGGGAGGCCAUGUGAUGAUGUUCAUUAGUGCCCCAAAAGGAAAGGAACCAAAAUAUGUUGUUUAUGAGUUCCUUUGCAAUGAUAACCAAGGUCCGAGACCACCAAUGUUCUACCCUGUUUUCAUUAGUGAAUGGAGUGUUAUGUGUGUGCUCUCAUCAAGAGCAGUCCAGCUGGGUGUGUUAGGAAAAGCAGAGAAUGGAGGGGAGGGUUGGUGUGAGUAUGAAAUGGAAGAAGGAGGUGGAGCUGGCAUGCACAACAUCUCUGUCACCAAGGAGACUUAUGCACUAGGAAUGGCUGUGACUUUACCUCUUUGA